GCUUCCUCUGGUACGCGGUCAAAUCGUUAAGAAAUGGCGGGCAGAUGAUUACGGAAACAAGAAGCGGCCACUCGUUAAGAUUAGAUUGAUUGAUCAAUCCAUAGAUAUUUCUAAGAAAGCAUGAAAUUCUGCAAGACCUACCAGCGUUACAUUCAAGGGCAUGGCCACAAGCUCCCUGCUGUUGGCUUCAAGAAGCUCAAAAAGACCAUGAAAAGGUGCAGGAGAGCAUCCACACCCACCUGCCCCGAUCAUUGCCCAGUGUGUGAUGGGACCUUUUUCCCUUCCCUUCUCAAAGAGAUGUCAGACAUAGUAGGGUGCUUUAACCAGCGAGCGCAGAAAUUGCUGGAAGUGCAUCUUGCUUCUGGCUUCAGAAAGUACUUUCUCAUGUUGAAAGGAAAAUUGCAUAGGAAUCAUACAGCUCUAAUCCAAGAAGGCAAAGAUCUAGUCAUAUAUGCACUCAUAAAUUCCAUUGCAAUUCGAAAAAUAUUAAAGAAAUAUGACAAGAUUCAUUAUUCCAAGCAAGGCCAAUUAUUCAAGUCGAAAGUCCAGACCAUGCACAAGGAAAUUCUUCAGAGUCCUUGGCUUUCUGAGCUUAUUGCCUUACACAUUAACUUGAGGGAAACAAAAGCCAAGUCCAGGGAGGCAUCUGCACUGUUUCAUGGAUGUUAUCUCACAUUCAAGGAUGGAAAACCAUCACUUACUUGUGAGCUCUUUGAUUCCUUCAAAAUUGACAUUAACCUAACAUGCUCCAUAUGCUUGGAUACAGUGUUUGAUCCAGUUUCUCUGGCGUGCGGCCACAUUUUCUGCUACACCUGCGCUUGCUUAGCUGCGUCAGUUACCAUUGUCGAUGGACUUAAGGCAGCAAAGUCCAAAGCAAAAUGUGCUCUAUGCCGACAGCAUGGAGUUUACGAAGAUGCUAUGCAUUUGGAAGAAUUGAAUAUUCUGCUAGGUCGAAGGUGCAAAGAGUACUGGGAGCAAAGGCUUCGGAUGGAGAGAAAAGAGAGGGUUAAGCAAGUGAAGGAGCACUGGGAAACGCAGUGUAGGGUGUUCGUGGGCAUCUAAAAGUAAAUACAAACAAUUCUUCACUUUCUCUUCAUUUCCUUAUUCAUCUCAUUUCUUCCUACCUUGUAUCACCAAUUACAUAUAUCCUUUUUUUCUGUUCGUACCAAACUCUGUUCAAUGUAAACAACGGCCGCUCUAGUUUAGGAAACACUACAAUGACCAUUUACUUGGUAGGAACUAAAGUAUUUCUUUGAUUUUGUAUCUUAGUAGUGGCCUUCUAAGUUGUUAUGGGUAUACUCUGCUCAGUGUAAAUCAUUCUAUUUUAGGAGCUAUUAUUAAUGGCACUUUACUUACAAAGAAAAA